UGCAGGAACAGAGGAAGUUUUCAACGUAAACAAUAUUGACAAGAUGUCUAGUAAAGAAGUGAAAGCAGCACUAAAAAGUGCCAGAGACGCCAUCAAAAACAAAGAGUUCAAAGAGGCUCUAAAGCACUGCAAGGCUGUUUUGAAACUUGAGAAGAGCAAUUAUAAUGCCUGGGUGUUCAUCGGCUUGGCAGCUAGUGAACUCGAUCAACCAGAUCAGUCACAGACCGCUUAUAAGAAAGCUGUGGAGCUGGAGCCUGAGCAGCUGCUGGCAUGGCAGGGCUUGGCAAAUCUUUAUGUGAAGACGGAUCAGUGGGACUUCCAAGUGGAGCUACCUAACGUCUAUCAGAAGCUUGUUGAGCUGUAUGCAAGCUCUGACAAAAAUAAAUGUUACGAGACCAUCAGUAAGCUGUCCGAUAUCUAUCAGUCUGACAAAGAAUAUGCAAAGUUGGCAAAGGUUAAGCUGCAGCUCAUUCAAGUGAAGGAGGAAGAGGGAGUGGACAAGAAAGAGUUACUGCAGCUAUGGCAACAGCUGACCAAACUCCUCUCAGACUGCCUCAAUGGGGAAGAGCAGGACAAUGAAAUUCAACAAUAUAUAAUCACAGCAUUUGAAAAGGCCAUGGUUCUUAUGGAUCCCGUCCCAGGAGAGGAACACAAAAAGAUGUCAGCUGACUAUGUCAAAUGUCUUUCUAAAAUGCCACAGGAAGAAACCAAAAUGAAAGAGGCAUGUGAGUCCAUGCUCUCGCUCUACCCAAACCAAAGCUAUCCUCUUGAGGUGCUUUGUUCUCAUUACCUCAAAGCAGGUGUUCAGGAUGAGGGUGCAGUCAGCUGUUUCUCCCGGCUCCUGGAUGUGGCCCCUAACAGUGGAAUAGGUCAUCUGGGUCUGGGCACCAAAGCACUGCAAGAAGGGAGGUUUAAAGAUGCCAUCAGGGACCUUUCACAAGGGUUGAAGAAAAUGAGCUCCAGCACAGGAUGGUGCAGUCUGGCCGAGGCGCAGUUUAAAAUGCAGAGAUACUCAGACAGUGCUAUGUCAUGCACCCAAGGACUGACGCUGUGUGUUUCUGGAGACAAAGAGCUGAGGGUCAAACUGCUCAAGCUGAAGCUAGAGAAUCUGGUCAGGAGUGGAGGAGAGGGGGCUGCAGACCAGGCUUUAGAGACAUUCUCACAGAUCCCUGAUGCUGAAAAAGACCCUGUUCUCGUAGCGCUUAGAGGACAUGCAUACCUUUAUCAGGGACAAGUUGACGAAGCACUCAAGGUGUCCUCAGAGCUGGUGGACUCUCACCCUAACCUGACCCAGGCGCUGGUUCUGAGAGGACAGGCACAUUUGGCCCAGGGCAAACUUCAGCUGGCAGAGGAGAGUUUCCUAAAGGCAGCGAGCCAGAGCCCAGACUGUGGGGAGUAUUAUUUCUUGCUCGGACGACUCUACUGGGACAUGGGAGAAGAGACCCGUAAAGACCGGAGCAAAACACACACACAUUUGCUCAAAGCUGCAAAGUUAGACCCAAACCUCGGUUGUGUUUUCCGCUACCUCGGACAUUACUACCGGGAGGUGGCAAAGGAUCCCGCGCGGGCCCGAGGCUGCUAUAAGAAAGCCUUCGAGAUGGACCAGGAUGAUGCCGAGUCUGGAGCCGCCUCAGUGGACCUCAGUAUGGAGCAGGACGACAUGGACACUGCCUUAGCAAUCCUUCAGUCCGUGAUUGAGAAAGCCACUCCAGGCUCGGCUAAAUGGGCGUGGAUGAGACGAGGGCUUUACUACCUGAAGGUCGGAGAGUAUCAACAAGCUGUAUCUGACCUGCAAGCAGCUCUGAGAGCCGAUCCUGAGGACUGGGUGUGUUGGGAGUGUUUAGGUGAAGCCUAUUUGAACCGCCGCAGCUUCACAGCCGCUCUGAAGGCCUUCGGUAAAGCUCACCAGCUCCAACCCGCCUCCAUUUACAGCGUCUACCAGGCCGCUGCUAUCAAACAGACACUCGGCAAGUUCAGAGAGGCGGUCGCAGAGUACCUGCAGAUCACAGCGCAGCAGGACUAUGUGCCUGCUCUUAAAGGUCUUGGGGAGUGCCAACUGUCUCUGGCUAAAAUUGUGAUGGAAGACUGUAGAGACGGGGGGGCCAUUGAUCUCAUUCAGCAAGCCAUACAGAACCUCUUCAGAGCUGUGGAGCUGCGUCCAGACCUGUCCUGUCUGUGGAAGCUGCUGGGAGAUGCUUGCACCGCAGUCAGCACCGUGUCGCCAAACAGAGCUCAGGUUUUAAUGCCAGGCCCACUCGCUGGUUUAGACCCCAACACCCAGAGCCACACACUGAACCAGGCCCAGACACUCAAAGUUGGUGAGAGGUGUUAUGCCCGGGCUUUGAAGCUGAUGUCUGAGGUUCCCAGCCUUUGGUACGACCUAGGACUGAACUAUUACCGCCAGUCCAGCCUGACCUGCCCCUCAGAUGAAGACCAGAACUCCUCUUCUCUGCUCCUGGAGAAGGCCAAGCAGUGUUUAAAAAAGGCUAUCAUGAUGGACAGUGGGAACCAUAACUACUGGAAUGCCCUGGGAGUGAUUUCCAUGAGCAAAGGUCUUGAGAACUUCGCUCUGGCUCAACACUGCUUCAUCAAGUCCAUUCAAGUUGAACCAAAUAAUGUUGUUGCUUGGACCAACCUUGGCACCCUGUAUUUAAAGCAAAACAAUAUAGAGCUUGCUCACGAGGCCUUCAAGAUUGCCCAGUCCCUGGAGCCGCUUUACGUCAACUGCUGGAUCGGACAGGCGCUGAUAGCAGAGAGAGUGGGAAGCUUUGACACCAUGGAUCUCUUCAGACACACCACUGAACUCAGCACUCAUAUGGAGGGAGUGAAAGGUUAUGCCUACUGGGUAUGUUCCACUCUGCUGGAUAAGAGCAACAGAGACUCGACACUGUACCGCUACAACAUAGUCCAGAUGAACGCCGUCUCUGCUGCUCAGGUGGCUCUCAGCAAGUACACAGAGAGGAUCCAGUCUGACCCCGAUGCCUUCAUUAUGCUCGGCUACCUGAAUGAGCAUCUGCAGCUGAAGAGGCAGGCCGUGCAGGCUUACAAAAGAGCUGUUGAACUUCUCCAGUCCAUGUCCUCUGAAGAAGCGCUGGCCUUUGCUCUGGGCAGCUAUGGCCGUGCAUUAUGCACCUCAGGGCAGUCGGAGGAGGCGGUGCGUGUUUAUAGCUCCACCCCCCUGCAGGAGCUCAGUGACCUGGCUGGUCUGGCUCUGUCCUCCUGCAGGGCCGGACUCAUCCCAGAGAGCAUCAGCGCCUAUGAACGUGCCUUGGCUGUGGCUUCCAGUGAGAAGGAGAAGGCGUACAUCCUGACAGCUCUGGCGCUGCUUCAGCACCGGCUGGGGAACCUGGACUCAGCCAAGACUCUGCUGUUUAAAUGCUCGAUGCUAAAGGAGCCAAUCCCGGAGUCUCUGCUGUGUUUAUGUGCGCUGGGAUUGGUCCAAAGUGAUGCUACGCUGAGUGCUGCUGCCCUGACGGAGCUGCUGAAGCAGGGCCCCGCCUCUGGGAGUGUGAUCGAGCAGCGGUGUCUGCUCACCUGCGCCCUGCUCGCCCUGCAGGGGAACUACAGCGCCGUGCAACGAGAGGCUUCCAGAGCUGUGCACAGCAAUCCUGGAAACCCGUCUCUGUGGGCCCUGCUGUCCAGACUGGUUCCACAAUACUACCCAAGGAAGGCAAAUGGUGGAGCGAUGGCUGGUCAUGUUGCCUGUCUCUCCAGUAUGACCCUAGGAAAGAGAGCGUUGUUGUACAGUGGAGUGAACCAGCUGGCUAAUGGGAAACACUCUGGAGAGGACAAACACAAGAAUGCACUGAAGACUAUGCAGAGAGCUGUGAUGCUUUGUCCUGAUGAUCCAGCCACGUGGGCGGGAUUAAUGGCUGCCUGUCACACAGAAAACACUUCCUGUUACCUUUCAGGUUCUGCUCCUUGCAGACGAGGACUAGAGCAAACCCUCAUGUCAGUGGUUUCAGAGAAAGUGCAUAAUGUGGAGGAGAUCGAGCGCCCUCUUGCACAGACUCUGGAAGGCUGGGUGCUACAACAGGCAGUGACUGGCCUCAUGCUGGGAGGACAGCUGGAGCAGGCAGAAGCCCUCUGCACACAGGUGCUGAGUGUUUCUCCAGAGCACCCGGCAGUGAUGCUGUCCCUGAGACAGGUGCAGUGUCAGCGUCUCCUUUUGGCCGGUGGUGGUACUGUCCUGUCAGACUCCGUGCUGGAGCAACUAAACAACACAGUGAUGAUGAACCCCACAAACCUUGGGGGCUGGCAUUGGCUGGCCGAGGUGUAUCGUAGCCAGGGUCUGCUCCUCCAGGCGGUUAUGGCCUACAGGCAGAGUCUGCAGAUCUCCUCACAGCUCGGCCUGCACGGCAGCCAGGUUUCCACUCUGCUGAGACUAGCCCUGCUGGCCCUGGGACCCUCGAUGGCGGGUGUCCCAGGAAACGACUGGACAAACAUGAUCGUGGAAGCUACCACUGAAGUGUUGAAGCUGGGUUCCUCCUCUGUGGCCCUCCUUUUCCAGGCCCUGCUCCAUUUUGUGACCAAGAUGGCUGCUAGGGAAACCAGGCGUUUGCUGGAGAGGCUGGUGUACACUCAGGACCUCCCAGUGACGGUGGUGCAGGUGGCCAGCUGGUACCUCCUCAGACACUUGCAUAGCAAAAACGACCAGGAGCUAAUGAAUGUCCUUUUACAACAUGCCAAAAAGAACAGAGAUCAGAGACUGCUCGACUUUGAUUCACUGCUUUCCUCUUCGUCAGCUUGAGUUGUGCAAUUCUGCAACGCGUCACUAUCAAAUCAUGUAGCUCAGCAGGGUUCAUUUACAGGCUGAAAUAAUCAAAAUGUAGCUUUUUCUUCUGGGUCUCUUCAAUAAAUAUGAAAUCAUAUCAAACUCAAAAUGUUGUGUCAGAUAUCACAAUGUUUAUUGUCUUUACAUGGUUCUUUGGUUUAACAUUAUACAGCAUUCAGGAUAUCAAAUACAUUCAGCAAAAAUCAUGAUCUUUAUCGCAUAUUACUUCAAAAUGAAAUUCACUUUAAGUAACUGAUGUCCAUGUUCAGAUUGAAAUAAAGGCAUCUUGCUUGAACUAAA